UCUUUAUUCCUCAAGAAAGGACGUCUUGUCACCCACCAAGCAAGACUCCGAGCCGCCGCCGGCCACUGCCGAGCCACCACCGGCGCAGCCCCUCCCUCCGCCACGCAGAUAGACACGCUCUGUGUGUUCUACUGAUCAAAUGAUAUAUGUUCAUCAAACAUGCCCAUAUCCCACUGUAACUACAAGCCGAUAUCUUCUUGACCCGGCCCACUCUUCUAAUUCUCGUUCUGACACUUGUAUGUUGUUUCUCUUUCAAGGAAAAUCAAAAGCGACUUCUCAUACUCAAUUCAACACUUUCACGGAUUUGGGUCGUAUUCUCUGAACCUAGGUUUCGUUCACUCUUUAGGGUUUCACAUAUUCCCGCUCCUUCUUUUUCUUUUUCUUCUCCUCGCUUCAGGUUUUCGGUUUUUCCCUUCAUUGUUUUGGCUGUUUCUUGCUUCGGAGAUGGAGGAUUACGGCCAACUGGGCGACAACGCGGCUUCAAGAGCGAGCUUCUUGUACGGCGGCCCAGUUCUUGCACCAAGUUCUUCAUCGUACGGUCGAACCAGUGGCGGCUCGAACGUGAAUGCGUUUCAUCUUCAAUCGGGGCCCGAGAGUUGUCAAUCGGAUUCGCAGGCCAAUCCAAUUGUGAAGACCGAAGCGGGAAGCUCCCAGCUUCUUCACAAAUUUCACUAUCCUUCGAUAAUAAGAGGACACCAAGGCGUUCAUCAUCACCAUCAAGAUCACAGCCAGCACCAAUCGAAUGAUGGUUCAAGUGAUGUUGAAGCCAUCAAAGCCAAGAUCGUCGCUCACCCUCAGUACUCCAACCUUUUGGAAGCUUUUAUGGAUUGUCAAAAGGUGGGAGCCCCGCCGGAAGUGGUGGCGCGGCUGGCGGCGGUCCGGCAGGAGUUCGAGAUGAGGCAGCGGGGAUCAGUGGCCGGGAGAGACGCCGGAAAAGACCCAGAACUCGAUCAGUUCAUGGAGGCUUAUUACGACAUGCUAGUGAAAUACCGAGAGGAGCUGACAAGGCCAUUACAAGAAGCGACAGAAUUCAUGCGAAGGAUCGAAACGCAGCUCAGUAUGCUCAACAAUGGCCCCGUCCGGAUCUUUCCCUCCGAUGAGAAGUGUGAGGGUGUUGGUUCAUCCGAAGAGGAUCAAGGCAACAGUGGUGGAGAAACUGAAAUGCCUGAGAUCGAUCCACGUGCUGAAGAUCGGGAACUCAAGAACCACCUGUUGAGGAAGUACAGUGGUUACUUGAGUAGCCUCAAGCAAGAGCUAUCCAAGAAAAAGAAGAAAGGGAAAUUACCCAAAGAUGCCAGGCAAAAGCUACUCAAUUGGUGGGAGUUGCACUACAAGUGGCCUUAUCCUUCGGAGAGCGAGAAGGUGGCCUUGGCUGAAUCAACUGGUCUAGACCAGAAACAAAUCAAUAACUGGUUCAUCAACCAAAGGAAACGGCACUGGAAGCCUUCUGAAGAUAUGCAGUUCAUGGUAAUGGACGGCCUCCAUCCGCAAAAUGCAGCCGUCUUCAUGGAUGGACACUAUAUGGGUGAAGGUCCUUACAGGCUAGGACCAUGAAAUAUAAUCACAGCCCAUUGGGCUUCCAACAAUCUGGGCAGAAACCAGUAUCGGUUUUAAAUUACUUCAAUGGAUCGGCUAUGGCAUGGAUGCUGUUAAACAUGCCUUGUGAUUGCUAUUCCAAGAGUUGGGUAAUGUCUUAAACAGCCCAACCCUGGUAUCUCUUAUAGGUAAUGGUUGCUAUAUAUAUAUAUAUAUAUAUUUAGUGUGUGUACAUGUCAUUGAAGGUGGACUAAUCUUGUUUUAUUUGUGGCUGCGUCAAGCUAAUUAGGAGUCUUCUCUACUGCUGUGGUAGUGUAUCUCUUGUAAGAUUUGUAGUGUCAUAGCUUGUUGUGUGCUUUACUUAUGAAAUAAUCAAGUAUCAAGAUUAGUUUAUGGAUCAUCUUAAUUUGUAUAUGCAAGACAUUCAGGUCAUGUACAAUUUCUUGAAUUGUAUAUGGAAUUACUAACUAAUGAAUAUGUAGUAUCAAGUCCUUUUU